AUGGAUAAAUCGGAUAACGCCGCCGACGGCUCUUCCGCCGUCUACACGGACUUUGUUGUCGUUGGAGCCGGCAUAUCUGGCAUCAACUUUGCCUAUCGCAUUCAAACAACAUGUCCAUCCCUCUCCUACACGAUUCUUGAAUCGCGCAAUACGAUAGGCGGCACCUGGGAUCUCUUCAAUUACCCCGGAAUCCGUUCCGACUCGGAUUUGUACACGUUCGGGUUUUCCUGGUAUCCAUGGACGGAAGACUGCGCAAUUGCAGACGCUCCCAGCAUCAGACGGUAUCUGGAGAAGGCCACGCGAAGCGCAGACAUCGAUAGUCACAUCCGUUUCCACCACAAGGUACUGUCGGCGAGCUGGAAGGAUGAAAACGCAGACUGGAGACUGGAGGUAGAGCAUGAAGGCAUCAUCAAGGUCCGUGUCCAUUUUCGCUGCCGAUAUCUUAUCUUCGGCACAGGAUACUAUGAUUAUGAGCAUCCAUUAGCCGCCGACAUUCCCCAACUCGACCAUUUCAAAGGUACCAUCGUCCACCCUCAAUUUUGGCCCGCCGAUUUAGACUACUCAGACCGAAAGAUGGUGAUCAUCGGGUCCGGUGCUACGGCUGUUACUCUACUUCCGAAUCUUGUCGAAAAGGCAUCGCACGUAACUAUGCUUCAGCGCAGCCCAAGCUACGUCUUAGCCGCAAAUAAUCGUUCUUCUCCUCUCUUGAAGCGACUGGUACCAAGAGCAUUGCUUUUUCCUCUUCUCAGAUCUUAUUUUUUGGCAGUAUCGUUUACGCUGUUCCAAUUCUGCCAGGCCUUUCCCAAUCUUGCAAAACGCCUCAUAAGAUCAGUGACCGAGAAGUGCUUACCUCCCAGCAUUCCGCACGAUCCUCACUUCAAGCCACACUAUAAGCCUUGGGAUCAGCGCCUCUGUCUUGCGCCAGACGGUGAUUUCUUCGAAGGUCUCCGCUCAGGCAAGGCAAGCGUAGCUACCGGGACCAUCAAGGGAUUCACGGACAAAAGCAUCAUCCUGGAGAGCGGCGAUACAAUCGACGACGUCGACAUUGUCGUCACCGCCACAGGUCUAAAACUACUUCUUGUCGGCAACAUCAAAGUCACCGUAAACGGCCAGCCUCUCGAUCCCUCGAAGAAAUUCGUUUGGCGAAGCUGCAUGCUGCAAGACGUUCCGAAUUCUUGCUUGAUAGUAGGAUACACCAAUGCAUCCUGGACGCUAGGUGCGGACUCUACCGCCGUACUUUUUUGUCGGAUUGUUCAGAAGAUGCUCAAGACUCGUUCGACGAGCGUCCGGCCGUUUCUGAAUACUUCAAUGGAACCAGUGCCGCUUCUAAAUCUCAGCAGCACGUACAUAACCAAAUUGGCCAAUACCUUGCCCAAGGCUGGGAAUAAGGGCCCGUGGAAACCAAGGAUCAACUAUUACGUGGAUUAUUGCAUCUCGCGGUGGGGAAGUCUGAAGGAUGGACUGGUCUUUUCUUGA